AUGCUAACAGCAAGUGGUAGAUGUUUGAUAGUGAAAAUUAGUGUUUUGAAGUGGAGAAGAGGAGAUAAGAUUGGUGUAGUGGCAGACGAGAACGUACGAUUGCUCGCAGAAAGCGACGUCGACAGCGAUCAGGCGUGGGCCUCUUCCUCCGCUUCGUCGUCAAGUCGUCGCACCGACUCGUCGACGUCCGCUCGUUCAGCUGUUCAUCCAGAUAAAGCAUCUCGUCAAUAGCAAGUUUACAGAAGUAAAAUGAAUAAGCAGAAGAAGUGUUUUCAGGCCCUUACGUGGAUUGGUACAUUGCUAACGUUUGGUGCAUUUCGUUUAUUUCUUUAUUGGUACCCGAAAUUGUUCGUAAAAUGUACAGCAUCUCGUUGUGCCCUCAGCAAUGCAGAUAGAAUAUUUGUCAGAGAUGAUCAUCUGAAUGUAACAUUUCGCCCAAUUCAUACGUUGGUCAGCCAGCCAGAUUCACAAGUGGCGUUACCGAGUAAUGCAUUCCAUAUGAGCGAUGUUGAUAAGUUGCGAUAUUUCACGUACAAAAAAUUAUCGUUUAUAUGGCAUCCCACUGAGAUGAAAUUCAUGAGUAUUGAAUCUAUCGAUAGUGAUAUGGCUUUAUCAUGUUUUCACGAAGUCGCUGAAAGUGGUCUCUCAGAUGCGGACGUCAAAAAACGUUUUUUGAUAUAUGGUAAAAACGUCAUUGAAGUUAAAUUGAAACCAAUCAUCGUUUUACUAUUCAAAGAAGCCAUUUCACCGUUUUACAUCUUCCAAAUUUUCAGUGUAUCGGUUUGGUUCUCAGAUGAAUAUGAAAUCUAUGCAAGUAUAAUUGUGAUAAUGUCCGUGAUGUCAAUAACACUCGAUGUAUACCAAACGCGAAAGCAAGAGAUCAACCUGAGAAGUAUGGUGAAUUCUUGUGAGACAGUACAAGUGAUUCGAGAUGGUGGUCAGCUGAAAGUGAUUAGCAGCGAACAGCUUGUCCCUGGAGAUGUGAUCGUUAUUCCUUCGCAUGGAUGUACGAUGCAGUGUGAUGCGGUACUCAUGAACGGCACGGUGAUCGUCAAUGAAUCCAUGCUCACUGGUGAAUCUGUUCCAGUCACCAAAGUUGCAUUACCAGAAGUCGACGACGAGACCGUAGUGUACUACUCAACCAAAGAACAUUCACGUCAUACGCUUUUUUGUGGAACGCAAGUCUUACAGACUAGAUAUUAUAGCGGCAGAUUAGUGAAGGCAGUUGUAUUGCGUACAGCUUAUUCAACACUAAAAGGACAGUUGGUACGCUCGAUAAUGUAUCCGAAACCAGUAGAUUUCCGCUUUACAAAAGAUUUGUUCAAGUUCGUCGGCUUUUUGGCAUGUAUUGCUGCUUUCGGAUUCAUUUAUACGAUUGCGAUCAUGAUAGCGCGUGGUUCAAAUGUGAAGAAAAUCCUUGUCUGUUUCGAUAAGACGGGCACACUCACCGAAGACGGACUCGAUUUUCAUUGUAUGCGACCGGUACGAAACGCGGUUGAUAAUGCAAAGGGACCAAAUUUUGAUGGUGAAUUCACGGCUUUCAUAUCAGAUGAAAUGUCUGCUUAUGGGGAAUUGAUCAAAGCAAUCUCCACGUGUCACAGUCUGACAAGGAUCCAGGGUGAGUUAUGCGGUGAUCCGCUAGAUCUGAUUUUAUUCAAACAUACUGGUUGGUCGAUCGAUGAAACAGUCGAUAGCGGAGUGGACGAAACGGCUCGUUUUGAUGUGAUUCAACCGACCGUUGUUCGGAGUGUACCUGGACAUUUUGGAUUUCAAGAUCAAGUUGAACUCGCAAUUAUAAGGCAAUUCACAUUUAGUUCAUCACUUCAAAGAAUGACUGUCAUUGUGCACAAUCCAAAUGAACAGUCCCAUAGUAUGACGCUGUAUUGUAAAGGAUCUCCUGAAAUUAUCGCUUCUUUGUGUCAACCUAAAACGAUUCCUCAUAAUUAUUCGAAUCUCGUGAGUGAUUAUGCACAACAUGGUUAUCGUCUCAUCGCUGUUGCGUAUCGAAAACUCGAAUUGAGUUUCGCAAAAUCGCAGAAAGUUAGUCGAGAAGUGGUGGAAUGUGAUCUUGAAUUACUCGGUUUGAUUGUGAUGGAAAAUCGACUGAAACGACAAACUGUUGGUGUUAUUCAUCAGUUGAAUAAAGCACAUAUUCGAACGGUGAUGGUGACUGGUGAUAAUCUUUUGACUGCGUUGAGUGUUGCACGUGAGUGUGCUAUCAUACAACCAACAAAACGUGCAUUCAUUCUUGAGACUGAAACAUCAUCACUUCAUAAGGAUGGCUGCUGCAGUGAUAAACGAACACCGUUGAUCCUCAAACAGUCGGUGUCAUCGUCUGAGGAUGUCAACGAUGAUUGCUCAUCAACAGUGGAUGUCGAAUCAGGUCAUCUAGUUGACUCCACCUACCAACUGGCUGUCUCUGGGCCAACAUUCGCAGUGGUUUGUCAUGAGUAUCCAGAGUUGGUGGAUAAGCUGGUAACGGUAUGCGAUGUUUAUGCACGUAUGUCACCCGAUCAGAAACAAUUACUCGUCAAUAAAUUACAAGAGGUCGAUUAUACAGUGGCGAUGUGUGGUGAUGGAGCGAAUGACUGUGCUGCACUCAAGGCUGCGCAUGCGGGUAUCUCUCUGUCAGAAGCUGAAGCAUCAAUCGCUGCACCGUUCACAUCGAAAAUUGCUGAUAUUCGAUGCGUUCCAAUGAUUAUUCGCGAAGGUCGAGCCGCUUUGGUAACGUCAUUCGGAGUUUUCAAAUACAUGGCUGGAUAUUCACUGACCCAAUUUAUAACUAUAUUACAUCUAUACUGGUUGAGUACGAACCUAACUGACUUUCAAUUUCUUUUUAUUGACAUGGCGUUGGUGACACUGGUUGCACUAUUUUUCGGUAAUACACCGUCAUGUCAGAAACUUUCCUCUCAAGCGCCUCCAACACGACUUCUAUCACUUGCAUCUGUUUUAUCGAUUGUUGGUCAACUCACCAUUAUAACCUCAUUUCAGGUGUUCAUAUUUCUGUUCACAGCACUUCAACCGUGGUUUAUUCCUUAUGCAGUACCGAUUGGUGACGAAAACGAAGAUAAGCGUAGCAUGCAGGGUACAGCAAUAUUUUGUCUUUCAACUUUUCAAUACCUGACAUUAGCUGUAAUCUACAGUAAAGGCAUUCCAUAUCGAAAGACAAUCUUUAGCAAUCUACCACUUUGUCUCAGUUUAGUGGCAUUAACAGUAAUGUCGAUUGUGAUUUGUAUUUAUCCUCCGCCAUUCAUGGUACCGUUCAUGGAAUUCGAAGUCUUACCAGAAAUUGGCUAUCGAUUAUUUAUUCUGAUUGUCGCAUUUGUUUGUGCUGUUUUUUGUUAUCUUUAUGAAACUUUCUUCAUCGAUCAUCUUAUACUCGACGUUCGAGAAAGGUGGCGAAAAGCAAGAGACUUACGAACGGGUUCGUCCCAAAUGAAUCGUUUCGAGAAGAUUCUCCACACGAUCGGCGGUGAGCCAUCGUGGGUGAUCACUGCGACGAGCGCUGUCUCCAUUGACGGAGCGCAGACACGCAAUUAUUGCGUUGAUUCAGCGAACGAUAGCAGCACAACGGAUGUUUGUUUAGAGCAUUCUGAGACGAUCGAGACGCUUCUGGUGCCUAGUUGUAAGUGUUGA